AUGAGUAAUUUGAGGGCCACAGUGACGAGUAAAUCGUCAUCUUCGAACAUCAUACUCAACAAUGAAGACAAGUAUAACGAAGAAGAAUAUAAUGAACUCGAAGAAACAUGUGAAGUGGCAGAGGACAUGGACGUUGCGGAAGAUGCUGAUGAUGUCUGGGAUGACAGUGCUUUAAUAAAUGCUUGGGAUAAAGCGAUGUUAGAAUAUCAAACCCACCACAGUCUCAAAGCAAAGGCUAAACAGGAAGAAGUUAAUGGAUCAUCUGCCGCAUCCGCACGUUCAAAACAAAAGACAUCAACAAAAGAGAAGGCAAAGCAAGUGUAUAAGUCAUCUACUUCUGCAACAAAAAGGCCACAACAAUUUGACAAUGCGACAACCAGGGCAACUAAACAAAAAUUGGACAAUGGUAAAGAUAACAAAAAUACGAAAGAAUCAUCACAGCAGAAGACAUUCUAUCCAUAUUAUCCUUAUCCACCUUAUUACGGAGAACCAUUGGGAAAUAAUCCUUCUCCAUCAACGCAAUUUUAUCAGCCUCCUCCGCCUAUGGAGUCUCAAUACUCGCAUUAUGCAUGGCACUCGAGGCCAAUACCACCACCUCCACAAAUGCCACCAAUAUCUGGAUCUGGUAACAGUAGGGCCCACUCUUUCAUUGCACAAACAUCGACGAACGGCUUAUCAAAUUAUUCAUAUUUUGUAGACGACGAAGCAUUAUCGAAUCUGUUAAUGGCGUGGUAUUUCUCUGGAUAUUACACUGGAUUGGAAGAAGGCGUCACAGCUAAGUAUAUCAAGAUCGAUAGAAGUAAUGAUGAAGUGAAUUUAACACCGUUACUAGAAAAGAUCAUUUUGACCUAG